AUGUGUUUCAUAAGUGAAACACAUAUUAGAAUGGAGGCAGACAGACAUGCAAUGGUAAAUAAAUGGCAUGGACUGUUUAUCCUAUCUAUUCCGUAUGCAAUUACUCGGGUAGUUUUGCUGGAUGAUAUAGAUGCACCAGAGAAGCACGGGAAUGUAACAAUAGAUAGUACAAAUAACAAACUAGACCAUAUUUCCAGAAAAGUAAGAAUGAAAACCAGCCUGACAUCUAGCAAUAUUCCGUAUCAAAAAGAAACAACAAGUAGAUACAUUGCAUUUGCGCCGCCGCGUAAUGGAAGGGAUACCCAUCCGUAUUAUAAAAGAGAGACUCUGCCGCGGCCAGGAGCAUAUUCUGUAGAAAAAGACACUUCAAUAAAGGUAGAACCAAUAUAUCAGCAUAAUAAACAUCUUAAUACCACAAUAGACAGAAGAAUAGAAGAUUUGCUAAGUGAAAUACAGAAAACAAAGAAGGAACAAGAUAUAUAUAUGCAUACCCAGGAAGACUUAAAUGAAAAACAAGCAAUGUGGAACAAAUUAAUUAGCGAAAAAAAAACAACUGCACAGUCCAUUGGUAUAACACAAAAAGAGAUAAAAGCAGUGAUGAUAACACUAAGUGAACUAAAAAAGCAGCUAUAUGAUCUGACAAAUCGAGAAAGCAAUCUUAUACGAGAUGAAAAAAUAGUAUCAAAAGAGAUUGAAUAUCUGCAAUCCCAGCUAAAUGCCAAACAGGCUCUUCUUCAUAAAUUGCAUAAGCUUAAAAAGAAGUACAAGUGGUUAGAAAGUGAAUAUAAUUAUUAUGAAAAUGACAGUAGCUCAGACUAA